AUGGACAACGCAUCAGCUAACUCAUUACGCAAAAGAAAGAACUCCAAUUUCAGCGAAGACAUAUCGCCAACUCCAAGUAAAGCAAUAAAGCUCGAGAAUUCCGACGAUGUCGAAGAGCGCGCCGAUAAUAAUCAUGCCGAAGCUACCGCGACGCCUUCAGUCAAGUCUGACCGAUCAACAGCUGAAGUCGAGGAGUUCGAUAUGCAAUCGCAUAUUUGUGAACUCUACAGAUUUAUUAUCAGUGAACGCUCACUUGGCCGUGCCCCUAUGAAGAUCCAGAGACUUAUCAACAUGGAUUCUUCGUGCAGAAACUUCUAUGCGUCAUCCAUACGUGAUUGGAUCGAUCAGGAACAUGGGAAUUUUUUGGAGCAAUAUCGCCAGAGACCAGAUAGCAGAAUCAAUUUCAAGGGAACCCGGAAAUACCUUACGGACAUCGCCAAGCUUUCACGUAUGUCUCGUGGACUUUCGCUUUCUUUUGAACUUGCACUCUACCUCUGCGAGCAUUCUUACUUGGUACCAGAAAAUGGCAAGAUACCACGUCCAAAUCGAGGCGAUUGCGGCCCCUGCGACUCCCUGCUACAUAAACUCUGCCUGAGAAUGAGAGACGAAUAUCCCAAUUUUGAACCGGAAAUACACCUUUCUCGUAUUAACGACCAGCGGAAGCAUUUCGAGGCAGAUGAUGACGGCCUCAUACAACACUUGUUGCGAACUGGAGAUCUACUAGUAAGCUGGGUAGAAGGACCUUCUGCUGCUCAGGCUAUUUAUGACAGCACGAAGGAACUGAUAUUGACCGACUAUAACCAUAUAGUAGAGAAAUUGCAAUCUGCUGUGGCCAAAAACCAUAGUAGCUCUUCACGCAACUCAAACGUCCCUGGUCACUUGGUUCCCAGCGUGGAAAAGAGCCUUCCACGGGUCAAACGGCUGUUGUCCAUGGCUGGAGGCAAGGGAUUGGCUUUUGACCUGCUUCUGUUUGCUGGUCGGCACUCGUAUGUCGAACGCAAAAAGGACCCUCUUGGUCGUAGGGUGACUGAAACUUUCGAUCAGGCUGCCGACAAUCUACUUGUCCAAAUUUCAAACGCUAUCAGGGAGGAGGAUCCAACUUUCAGACCUGUUGAUGCCAUGGAAAUGCUUAUUGAAGAGAUUGAGACUACUGGUUACGUCGGAUAUUUCCCACAAUCUUAUAAAUUGUUCUCGUCUUGGAUGCCAGAAGUAGGAAAGUCUCAUGCAAGAAAGGACUACGAUGAUCUCCACGCAAAAAUAAAGAGCGCCCAUGCUGCUGUUGAGCGUAGACUAAGAAUUUUCGUCAAAGAUGGAUCUCGCCCAACCGUGGAUCUGCUCGGCAGGAAAAUGGUUGAAUUUCUUGAUGAAAUCAACAAACUCAGCAUGAAGUUGGGAGGACUUUUUCCUGCCAUAGAAAUUGCUCUGUUCUUGGGUGAGUGUUCCUAUACUAAAAUGGAGGGUUUGGGCCCGCUCUAUGGCUGGGAUAGCAAAAGUUCAUUCCGUUGCAAGAGAGACUUCGAUCCUCGGGGGGAUGAUUGUUUAAAGGAACUACUUCAAAGAGUGAUCGAUGCCAACUUGUCGUUGGAUAUGGAUUACUAUGGGCGUUUGAAGAAGUCUGUCGAUUACCUCAGGCCAUACGGAAUCACUACUUACUUCCCGUUGUCCUUUGAACUACUCCGCCGAUUAUCUUGA